AUGUUUCAUAUCACUAUGGAUUACGAUGAGAUUAUGCCUAAUCCUGCUCCAAAUCUGGACGAAGACUUGGAUGAAAAAUACCCAAACCGCCCGCAUAACCGCUCCCCAACACUUCCAUUUAACGAGCUUUACCUGAACCUCUUUGAUGCCCUUGGUCAAAUCAAGAAGAAGCCAGCCGUGUCAAAGCUAGCUCAGAGGAAAGCUGGAUCCAAAUCAGGGAACAAAAAUAGCUUGAAUCCAUUUGAACUCCGACACGAUGUCAUCGCCCGAUUUAUCUCACGAUGGCGCAAAGAAGUGGGCGACGACAUUUACCCGGCCUUCCGGUUAAUUUUACCUGACAAGGACAGGGACCGUCCAAUGUAUGGGAUCAAGGAGAAGGUCAUUGGCAAAAUGCUUGUGAAGAUCAUGAAGAUCACUAAAGAAUCGGAAGAUGGUUACAACCUACUCAACUGGAAGCUGCCCGGUCAAUCUGCCGCAACCCGUAUGGCGGGCGACUUUGCCGGUCGCUGUCAUGACGUUCUUUCCAAGCGGCCUAUGCGAACCGAGCCGGGUGAUAUGUCCAUCGAAGAAGUCAAUGAGAAGCUCGAUCAGCUUUCUGCAGCUUCAAAGGAGGAGGAACAAUCGCAUAUACUGGCUGAGUUUUAUCGACGUAUGAACCCCGAUGAACUCACAUGGCUCAUUCGAAUCAUUCUUCGCCAGAUGAAGGUCGGUGCCACUGAACGCACGUUCUUUAACGUGUGGCACCCGGACGCCGAGAGUCUCUACAGCAUUUCUAGUAGCUUACGGCGUGUUUGUUGGGAGCUUCAUGAUCCCAAUAUUCGACUUGAUGCAGAAGACCGUGGGAUUGGACUGAUGCAGUGCUUCCAACCUCAACUGGCUCAAUUCCAAAUGCAUUCAUUCGAUAAGAUGAUUUCCAGAAUGCGUCCGACAGAGGAAGACCCUGUAUUCUGGAUUGAGGAGAAGAUGGACGGUGAAAGACUGCAACUUCAUAUGGCUCCUGAUGAAUCCAUUCAAGGUGGUCGCAAAUUUGCCUUCUGGUCCCGCAAAGCCAAAGAAUACACCUAUCUCUAUGGCAAUGGACUCUAUGACGAGAAUGGAGCACUGACAAGGCAUCUAAAAGACGCGUUUGUGGAUGGAGUUCAAAGCUUGAUUUUGGAUGGUGAGAUGAUUACCUGGGAUCCAGAGCAAGAUGCUAUGAUCCCAUUCGGAACCCUGAAGACGGCGGCUCUGGCAGAACAGCGCAAUCCAUUUUCGAAUGGACCUCGGCCUCUAUUUCGAGUGUUUGAUAUCCUGCAUCUUAACGGGCGUGAUUUGACUAAAUACACCCUCCGUGACCGUCGAGCCGCACUGCAGAAGACCAUCCAACCUGUCCAUCGACGAUUCGAGAUUCUUCCUUACGAGGAAGCGACCACAGCCGCUGAAAUUGAGACGUCUCUGCGGCGCGUUGUCGCGCAGGCAUCGGAAGGUCUGGUCCUGAAGAAUCCACGAGCGCAAUACCGCUUAAAUGAGCGUCAUGACGACUGGAUGAAAGUUAAGCCCGAGUACAUGACUGAGUUCGGCGAAUCUCUUGACGUAGUGGUCAUAGGAGGUUACUACGGUCAGGGCCACCGUGGAGGCAACCUCGCCAGCUUCUUGUGUGGUUUACGGGUCGACGACAAUAGUUCAUCUCAGGGAGUAAUUCCUCAGAAGUUUUGGUCUUUCUGUAAAGUUGGAGGUGGGUUUACUGCCGCUGACUACCAAGAAGUUCGCCACCACACAGAUGGAAAAUGGCAGAAAUGGGACUCGAAAAAGCCGCCUACCCAGAUCAUAGAGCUGGCUGGUGGAGACGCUCAAUAUGAAAAGCCAGACAUGUGGAUAAGACCAUCUGAAUCGAUCGUGUUGUGCGUCAAGGCGUCUUCUAUAUGCGUGAGUGACGAAUUUCGGAUGGGAUUGACGCUCCGUUUCCCCCGAUUCAAGAAAGUACGCAAGGACAAGAACUGGAAGACCUCGCUAUCCGUACAGGAGUUUCUGGACCUGAAGUCAAAUGUUGAGAAGGAGCAACGAGAAAAAGAGUUUCAAGUGGACAAUUCUCGAAAGCAGAAGCGCGUGAAAAGGACAGCGAAGAAGCCUUUGCAAAUUGCAGGCUACGAUGAAAAAGAGAACGUCAAAUACGCUGGUCCAUCGGGCCAAAUAUUUGAUCAGCUUAACUUCUUUGUCAUGACCGAUGCUAGCAAACCGACAAAGAUGUCCAAAGGUGAACUGGAGCAGCUUAUCAAAGCUAAUGGCGGCAAAGUAUUCCAAACCCACACUGCCGCGGCAGACAUGAUUUGUAUUGCCGAGCGAAGGACGGUGAAAGUGGCAUCGCUACAAAAGCAUGGCGAUAUAAAUCUUGUUAAACCCUCCUGGGUGACGGAUUGUAUCAAGCAAAACGAAAAGGAUGCAGGACUGCCUGACUUUCUGCUUCCAUUUGAGCCAAGACACAUGUUCUUCAUAAUGGAAGACCGAGAUCAUGAGAUUAAAAUCAAUGUCGAUCAGUACUCAGACAGCUAUGCUCGUGACACAAAUGUUGAAGAACUCAAAGAGAUCUUGAACAACAUGGAAAAGGACGAGCAGAGAAGGAACACUCUAGAUUCUCGCACCUCAAAGAAAAUAGAGAAUCUCAUACAGCAUAAGAUCGACUCCGGAUACACGGCACCUUGUGGCUGGCUCUUCCGCCGUUUUACAUUUUUCUUCUUUGUCAAUGGUCAUAAAGAAAACGGCACCCAUAAUAACGAAACCGACAUCGGUGCAGCAGCAAAUGACAUCCGUCUACAACUUGCAUGCAAUACCGCGCUCUUCGGAGGAGCAAGUACCGCCACGUCGGUAGAAAGCUCGGAUAUAACUCAUGUCAUUGUGAAUCCAGAGACCUUGUCUUCCAAAGAGAUCUCUUCCUUGCGAGAGAAUUUAGCUGCACGACCAGGGGAAAAGAUGCCUUAUCUUGUCACCGUAACUUGGCUUGAAGAGAGCUGGGAAAAUGGAACCCUGCUGGAUGAAGAGAGGUUUAAUGUCCCUAGAUGA